AUGAGUCUUUAUCUGCUUGGAUCUGCCAGAGGAGCAUCAGGUCAGCCUGAUGAGUCUCCUGGCAUUAUAGAUGAUCAAGCUUCAGUUCAGCAGUUUUCAGGUGAGCACUUGUCACUUGCAAACCCUUCAGACAGUGAGGCUUUAUAUGAGACUUCUUCAGGCAAGAACAUCUUAAGUGCGCACGCUUCAGCUGGACGUGCUCCGGGCGAGCAUGCUUCAGGUGACCAGGGUUCAGAUGAGCACACUGCUGCAAGUGAGCAUGCUGCAGGUGAGCACACUGCAGGUGAGCAUGAUGCAAGUGAGCACACUUCUGGAGAAUCUUCAGGUGAACAGUCUUCGAGUGAAAAGCCUUCCAGUGAACAGCCUUCUGCUGAACAGCCUUCUGAACAGCCUUCCGCCGAACAGCCUUCUGAACAGCCGGCUGGUGAACAGCCUUCCAGUGAAAAGGCUUUGAAUGAACAGCCUUCAGGUGAACAGCCUUCAGGUGAAAAGGCUUCCAGUGAACAGACUUUGAAUGAACAGGCUGCAGGUGAACAGGCUACAGAUGAACAGGCCUCAGUUGAAAAGCCAGCGGGUGAACAGCCUUCAGGCAGUCCAGCUGCAAGCACAUUUUCAGGCCCAGCAUUGAAUUGCCACGUAUGCUCUUACAUGAACGAUAAAGGAAAAUGUCUUCGUGGAGAGAGUGUCUGCUCCACUCAGAAUACCCAGCAGUGCAUGUUAAAGAAGAUCUUUGAAGGUGGAAAACUCCAAUUCAUGGUUCAGGGGUGUGAGAACAUGUGCCCAUCUAUGAACCUCUUCUCCCAUGGAACCAGGAUGCAAAUUAUAUGCUGUCGGAAUCAAUCUUUCUGCAACAAGAUCUAGAAGCCUGUGCCCUUGCUUCUGGUUCUGACUGAGGCAGUAAAAAUCCUCCAUCAACCUACUGGGCUUAAUUUAUAUUUAGUUUCUUUUCCAGUCAACAACUAAUCACAUGUGCUUCUGCCUGAGUGUCAGAGAGGAUGCUCAAAUAUCUUUUCUCUCCUAUCCAUACCCUAUUACCCAUAUUUCUCUGUCCCUCAAACCCAUCUCUCAAUAUUCUUUUCUUUUUCAAUAAA